AUGGUCAACUCCUGCUGUGGCUCUGUCUGUUCUGAGGAGGGCUGUGGCCAAGGCUGCUGCCGCCCCAGCUGCUGUGUGUCCAGCUGCUGCAGACCCAGCUGCUGUGUGUCCAGCUGCUGCAGACCCUCCUGCUGCCGCCCCAGCUGCUGUGUGUCCAGCUGCUGCCGCCCCUGCUGCCGCCCCAGCUGCUGCAGACCCUCCUGCUGCCAGCCCAGCUGCUGCCGCCCCAGCUGCUGCAUCUCCAGCUGCUGCCAGCCCUCCUGUGGUGGUUCCAGCUGCUGCAGUCCUUGCUGCCAGCCCUGCUGCCGCCCCUGCUGCCGCCCCUGCUGCUGCCUGCGUCCAGUCUGUGGUCAGGUCUGCUGCCAGAGCACUUGCUACCGCCCCACCUGUGUCAUCUCCACCUGCCCCCGCCCCAUGUGCUGUGCCACCCCUUGCUGCUGCUGA